AUGUUCUUCUAUGUUGCCUUCAUUGCGAGUGGCUCACUAGGGGGGCUAAUAGCCCUCACCCAACUGACCGCUGCCCUGGCUAAUUCAUCAAGAGCAGCCCAAGUCCCCGACAUCUUGUAUGGUCUCGGUAUUGACUUUGGAGCAGUUGCCAUAUUUGCGUUUCUUUAUUCAAGAGAGAGAAACGCCAAAAACGCCCAGUUGGCCAGGCUGUCGAGAGAAGAAAGCCUCUCGAAUCUCAGACUACGAGUUGAUGAGGAGAGAGUCAUUGCUGUCAGUGCCUUGAGAGGGCUCGCCAGGCUCGUCAUCAUCUCCGGCCCUGCCAGCUUCAUAUCCGAGGCCUUCCAGAGCAGCAUCCCUUUCUCUGAAGCGCUUCUUGACAGAGGGGUUCUGGUUGUCCCCAUUGCCACUGAUGGAAACCCACCCGCCAUUAGUUUUGAGGAGAGCAGUGAGGAGGAUCCAGCUCUUGUCCGGAGGAGGAGGAGACUCUGGCAGUUGACUCCUCUCUACUCCUCCGAGUGGUCAAAGUAAGAUCACAUAUCCACGAGAGUUUUUCCUAAGUUGACGCUUCUCAUUAUUAGUCUGAUCCUAGCAUGGGACGGUGCACUGCAGGUGGCUAGAUGAACAGAAAAAAAUGGCUAAUGUCGCCGUUGACUCCCCAGUGUGAGUAUUUCUGGCCUUGGUUCUUUUAAUACAGUAUCUUAUUGUGGUAUUUAUAAAUUUUUGACCUGGGCAUUUUUUGGAACGAUUUAAAAAUAACGUUGGGUAAAUAUUUUCUUGCUUGCAGAGCACUCUCAAAUGUUGUGUUUUAAAAGUCAACUCUUGCGCGUUGACUUUGGUUGACUUCAUUAAAUAUUAAUGUCUCCACAUGCAUCUAUUGUAUCUUAUUUAUCGGGUAUUUUCACGUCUAAAAUUAUUUUGAAACACCAGAAAAAGGCGAUGGACUGGUGCGAAUAUUAAUUUACAUAAUCUUCUUCCAUGAGCUAGCUUAGGCGACCAUUUGCUCAUUUAUCUGAGAAACCUGUUCUUCACGCUGAAGGUAUCUCUCCCUGCGGAUGGACGGUCGUGUCCGGGGCAGCGGGGUCGGCAGCCCUCCCUGGAAUGCUUUCGUUGCCCAGCUGCCCCCCGUCAAGGGGAUCUGGUCAGGCCUUCUCGAUGGCAUGGACGGAAGAGUCUGA